AUGUCAAAACCUUCUGAAAGUAAUGAUCAUGAAAGCAGUCAGGAGUUAGUUCCACUCAAUGAAGAUGACUUUGAUCAACACCCAACAAUGAAUGAUCUUAUUAAUGAAAGGCCAUUGAAGAAAGUAAAAGACUCUUAUGAGAAUUCUGAAGAAGAUCAAGACGAAGAAGAUGAGGAAGAAGAUGAAAUUAAUAACACCCUUGAUGAAACAGAGGAGGAGGAAGACGAUGAAUGA